UUGGAUGGGCAUUUUAAAAACCCGGACUAUAUCUCUCUCUUCAGGAUGUCAGCUGUUAAGAUGACAGAGGGGAGUGUGCAGCUGGAGAUCUGCAAAGCUCCGCUUUUCUACAGGCAAAGUGAACCUGCCACAGGACAAGCGAAAAUGUCAGUUCUGCUUCUUCACGGCAUCCGUUUCUCUUCCGAAAACUGGCUCAGCAUCGGCACUCUGGAGACUCUGGCCAAAGCCGGCUGCCGUGCAGUCGCCAUCGACCUACCAGAACUUGGCCGGUCUAAGUCAGCGAAAGCCCCUGCAGCCGUGGGGGAAUUGGCCCCUGCGGGUUUUCUUAAGGAGGUUUGUGAGCAGCUGAGCCUGAACCCGGUGGUGGUGAUCAGCCCGUCCCUCAGUGGGAUGUAUUCCCUCCCGUUCCUCCUGCAGCACCCGGCUCUGGUGCGUGCCUACGUCCCUGUGGCUCCCAUAUGCACCGAUAAAUUCACAGCCCAGCAGUACCAGAGUGUGCAGGUGCCGACGCUGAUCGUUUAUGGCGACCAGGACACUCAGCUCGGGGAGUUGUCGCUCCAUAACCUGAGCAAUCUGGCCAAUCACAGCGUUAUGGUGAUGAAGGGAGCAGGUCACGCCUGUUACCUGGACGACCCAGACACUUGGCACAAAGCUCUAAUAGACUUCCUUAACACACUGUGA